AUGCCAAUCUCUGCCGCCGCCCUCAACUUCACUGUACCAGCUCCGCGAUCCCCGUCCCUCUACCACCACGCAGAGUCCGGCCACUCAUUCUUGCCUCCAUCCGUCUCCUUCACCCCCAAAACCUCCACGGCGGGCUCUCUUGUCCUGACCCCAAACAAUCGCUCCCUGUUCGUAGUCUUCUCGACGAACGCCGCCGCCGCCGCCGCCAACAGCGAAAGCGACGCUAAAAUCUCGACCGGCGGAGGAAAUGGCGGAGUCGGAGACGGAGGUAGCGGCGGGGGAGGCGGUGGAGACAAUGGCGGCGGGAACGAAGGGGAUGACGAUAGGAACAAGAAGAGGAACAAGGACGAAGCUCUGAUGGCGUUGGCGGAGGCCGGGAGGAGUCUCGAGAGCUUGCCUAAGGAUUUGAGAGCUGCCAUUGAAGACGGAAGGAUACCCGGGUCGAUUGUUUUAAAGUAUUUUGAUCUAGAAAGAUCUGGAUUUUUGUCUUGGCUUAUGAAAUUUGGAGGGUUCAAGGAGAGGUUGUUGGCAGAUGAUCUCUUCUUGGCCAAAGUUGCCUUUGAAUGUGGUGUUGGAGUAUUCACCAAAACUGCUGCAGAAUAUCAGCGUCGCCAGGAAAACUUUUUCAAUGAGCUGGAGAUUGUAUUUGCUGAUGUGGUAAUGGCUAUAAUAGCAGAUUUUAUGCUCGUCUACCUUCCUGCUCCAACUGUUGCUCUUUGA